UCGGCUGACAUGAUCAAUUGCAAUAACUAGAAGAUAUCCGCUCAUAUGAAAUGACAAGACUUGAUGUGUGCAUCAUUCUCUAAUGUGAUGGAGGCCUCAUGGCUGCUGGUGGUCAGUUUGACGCUUUUGAAAUGUUGUCGAAGACGAGCGCCACAUCCGCUUGCGCAUCUAGACCCUGGCUGUUCUCGAGUGCUUCUACUAAGACCGGCAGAUCCUCGUCGACAAAAAGCCUGCACCUCGCGCAUGCCUUCAUCCACGACAUCCUCGGAGGUGAGUAGGCGGGAAAGUGUUUGCUCUGCACAGUACGGAACCUGACGCCAGCGGAAAUAGCAACACAAUUUUGAUCCGGAAGAGUCAUCCUUUGAACGUGUCUGAUUUUGUCCUCAUUUUAGAGUUGCUGAUGGAUUUGAUAUAGUUAUUUGAUUGGCUUUGUAUGAUUGAUCUUGCAGUGUCAUGUUCCGUUGUGCCAAUGAUUACCGUAGACAUAAUUUUAG